ACCGGCCAUCUCUUCAAUCCUUAUCACUGCCGACCACCCCGUGCCCACCACAACUGCCACUCUGCACGGCCAUCUCUUUGCCUCCACAAGACGUAACCAGUCACCUCCAAGCGACCGGCGACGCGACAUCGUCAUUAGCUGCCUCAGAUCAUCAUGUCAGGGCGGUGAAUCGAAACUCUAGCUAAUUGCAGUAUGAAAUGUUAAGUAUAUAUGUAUAAUGGAUUCUAAGGCCUUGGCAAAAUCAAAGAGAGCUCACUCUCAACACCAUAAAAAUAAGUCUCAUCCAAAUCAGAAGUCUAAAGCCCCAUCAGCCAGUUCUGACAAUGCUGGAAGCACAACUAAACCAACGGGAAAGCAGGUUGGGGAGAAAACCCGACAGGUCCAGCGUAUAUCUAGACUCCCUUCGAACUGGGAUCGCUAUAUAGAUGAAUUUGAUUUGGAUGGAGAAGAUCAGUCUGGUGAUAGCACAAGUCAAUCCUCUGAUGUUGUUGUGCCAAAGAGCAAAGGAGCAGACUAUUCUUACCUGAUAGCAGAGGCUCAAUCAUAUUGCUAUUCAGAUAGCUUUCCUUCUUUAGAAGAUGUUAUGCCUGGAGGCUUUAUCGAGGGAGUUGGAUCUAUGCUUUCGGUUAGGGGGGAGGGCAUUUUAUCAUGGAUUGGGGAAGAUAACUUUAUCGUGGACAAUAAAACAACUUCAGUUCAAGAGGCAUCAUUUCUCUCCCUAAAUUUGAAUGCUCUUGCAGAACAGCUAGCAAAAGUAGACUUAUCACAGAGGCUGUUUAUUGAAGCAGAUUUGCUGCCAUCAGAGCUGGGAGCAGAGGGAUCAAUGGCGAGAAUCGAUGAUGAACAUGGCCAGAUUGAAACAACUCAUGAAAGUGAAGCUGCUGCAGAUAUAUCUGAUGAUGGAGCUUUCAAUGAUUUAUCUGAGAAGGUUGAAGUUGCAGAUACCGCAUUUACUUCGUUUAGUUCUCGCACUUAUCAUAAAGAUGCAACAAUUCAUAGUCGAGGGCCUGAUUUGGUUAAUCAAGUUAAAGAUGGUUUGACUUUCAGUCAUUUUGAUAAAUCUGCGCAGAGCAGAGUGCUGGAGUCCACAGUAAAAUUUGAAGCGGCACCUGCUGAAGCAGAGUUAGAUAUGCUCCUUGAUUCAUUUAUUGAUUCCAAGUUUCUCGAUUCCUCAGGCUACAAAGCCAAUCACAACUUCACUAAGUCCCAACAAGAAUGUUCUGCAGCUCCGCCACAACCUUCAGGACAUCCAGUUACUGCCAUUUUUGAUGAUGUACUCGAUGAUUUAUUACAGGAAACAUCAAAUUUGAUGAACCAGUCUCAGGAAGUAAAGGAGUCGUCAACUAUGAUGAGCCAUUCGCAUGAUGUAAAGGUUGUUACUGAUGAUACUCAAUCUUCUUCUUACUCUGUUACAAAGUCUAAAGUGUUGGAUGAUUUUGAUUCAUGGUUAGAUACAAUUUGAACGGUGUUUUUACUUUUUAGUUCAAAUUCUUCACUCAUGUACCAUAAUUAAGUGAGAUGGGAACAUUUGAUGGGCUUGUGUUUAUUCUUCUUUACAAAUUAUCACCGGGAACAUCGGACAGAUCGCCUAUCUUAUAAAGGUUUGUCAA